AUGAUCAUAUCAACCAGAAACAACAAGUGGAACCGCGACGGCCGUGGAAAAGGAGCCGCACCAAGCCGCUUUCCGAAAAGUCGUGUCCAAAUAGAACGGGAAGAGAAGUGCCCUGAGCAUCGUUUUUGCGCUCAUCCACUAAAGUUGCGUGUCAUCGCAUGCAUCAUUUGCGGCAAAGAAGCCGCGGGCAGAUCCAGCGACACCGAAGAUACCAAAUUGUCAAAGUAUCUAUCUUCCAGACGAAAACUUCGGUUGUUGGAGGGAUUGUGCUCUUUGGUUGUCCCAAUCCAUCCAAUAUCCGUCUACACCACAAAAGAAAUCGUCCAGUCGGUAGGGGUUUUGUCCAAUACCUCUUGCCCUCACUUGACGCUUGUCGAGGGGGUUCCUGCGGAUAGAUGUUUUGACUUGGAGAGAACCCAGUCAACCAUGUGGAAAAAUCCAACCAUGACGAUACAGGCAAUUCAAGCAUUGCCUACCGUAGAUGGGACCAAGAAACUCAUCAUUGCCAACAUUGCGUUGGAGUCCGCAGAAUUGAGGAUGAUUGUCCGGGGAGCGUGCACACGCCUCCCGCAAUGGCCGUUGCAUGUGGCCUUGGGGGCGGCUGACAGCGACGCCGCAGACGAUUUGACGACCACGUUGGACGAGAAGCUAAGAGGACGGCGGCUCUCCUUGCUGCCGGGUCAAGUUGCCUGGUUACCGCCAACACCACGAAAGCCGACGGUAGGGGGGACGGAGAGCUGCCGGGUCAAGUCGCAUGGUUACCGCAAACACCACGAAAGCCGACGACCAACCGCUCCGGCGAAAAUCUAG